AUCCAGCACAGCUGCACCGCCGGGCUGCGAGCGGCUGUGAGCGAGAGAGCCCAAGAGCAAAAGAGCUAGAGAGCGAGCGGCGAGCGCUCGCCCCGCACCUCCCCUCCGCCCAGUCGCGCGCCCCGCUCGCCUCUCCACCCCGCCCAGCUCGGUCCGGCCCGACCCGACCACAGCCCCGAGCUCUCGGGUAGAGCGGGCAGCCUCGGGACUCUCCGGCGUGCCGCCGCGUCCCCAGACAAAGGCUUGGCCAGCGGCCCCGGCCCGCUGCGCCCUCGGCUCCCGGCCUCCCGGGCUCGCUGCUCUUCGCCCCCGCGCUCGGCUGGGUGCUCCCCGACCCGCCGCAAAGUUUCCCGGGCGACAGCGGUAGCUGCGCCCGGCUUCAGCGAUGGCCGCGGAGCUGAGCAUGGGGCCGGAGCUGCCCACCAGCCCGCUGGCCAUGGAGUAUGUCAACGACUUCGAUCUGCUCAAGUUCGACGUGAAGAAGGAGCCGCUGGGGCGCGCAGAGCGCCCAGGCCGGCCCUGCACGCGCCUGCAGCCUACCGGCUCGGUGUCGUCCACGCCGCUCAGCACGCCGUGCAGCUCUGUGCCGUCGUCUCCCAGCUUCAGCCCGACCGAGCAGAAGACCCACCUCGAGGACCUGUACUGGAUGGCGAGCAACUACCAGCAGAUGAACCCCGAGGCGCUCAACCUGACGCCGGAGGACGCGGUGGAGGCGCUCAUCGGCUCGCAUCCAGUGCCACAGCCGCUGCAGAGUUUCGACGGCUUCCGCGGCGCGCACCACCACCACCACCACCACCACCACCCACACCCGCACCACGCGUACCCGGCCGCCGGCGUGGCCCACGACGAGCUGGGCCCGCACGCACACCCGCACCAUCACCACCAUCACCAAGCGUCGCCGCCGCCGUCCAGCGCGGCUAGCCCCACGCAGCAGCUGCCCACUAGCCACCCCGGGCCCGGGCCGCACGCAGCGGCUGUGGCAACGGCGACGGGAGGCAGCGGAAGCGUGGAGGACCGCUUCUCCGACGACCAGCUCGUAUCUAUGUCAGUGCGCGAGCUGAACCGCCACCUCCGGGGCUUCACCAAGGACGAGGUGAUCCGCCUGAAGCAGAAGCGGCGGACCCUGAAGAACCGGGGCUACGCCCAGUCGUGCAGGUAUAAACGCGUUCAGCAGAAACACCACCUGGAGAAUGAGAAGACGCAGCUCAUUCAGCAGGUGGAGCAGCUUAAGCAGGAGGUGUCCCGGCUGGCCCGCGAGAGAGACGCCUACAAGGUCAAGUGUGAGAAACUCGCCAACUCCGGCUUCAGGGAGGCUGGCUCCACCAGCGACAGCCCCUCCUCUCCCGAGUUCUUUCUGUGAGUCGUGAUGGGUCCCGGUCCCCGCCCUUGCCCCGGCCCGGACUCCCUGUCCCGUGUCCCCAGUCCCGGACCUUCCCGGACCCUGACCCUGCCACGGCCCCAGCCUUGACCUGUUUGACUUGAGGGAGAGGGAGGAAGGGCGCGCGGGCCGCGGGCGGGCGGGCAGGGACCUUGGCCAAGGUGUAAAGCAGCGCGCGCCAGCGCCGCCUCCUAGACUCGAGCAGAGCCAGAGAGAGACGAGGGGGUGGGAGGUCCCGGAGCAACUUUUCUCCAGGCUGGAGGGCGGCGAAGUCUAGUCGUGAGGAGUUGACAAGGCCGUGCGGAGACUCCUGGCUUUCUGAACUUUGCGUGUUAAACCGGCCGCCUAGCUGCCCGGAGCGCAUUUCGCCCCAGGAAGAGAGCACCGAGGAAAGGGACCCUGGCGUCCCAGCAGGCGCGAGGCGAGGCUAAGCGGAGGAAGGAAGGACAAAUGGACCUGUCUGCCCAGGGUCCAGAGAACACUGGCUCUGAGUCUCGAGACGCGGGCCUCAGUUAGGACGUUCUCGGCGCUCAAAUCUCAUCAGUUUUAUUGCCUGCUCGAUUAUAUAGAAAAAAAAUACGAAAAUCUGCAUUAAAAAUAUUAAUCCUGCAUGCUGGACAUGUAUGGUAAUAAUUUCUAUUUUGUACCAUUUUCUUGUUUAUCUUUAGCAUGUUGUUGAUCAUGGAUCAUAACCCCCUUGGUUAUUAUUUUGGGGGGGGCGGGGUGGUGGUGGUGAGAAGGGAUAGCAGUUUGCAGUUCCCAAACUCCGGCGGCGGAGUGCGCCGUGCGGGUUUCAAUCCCGGCUGCCGGCUUGUAAAUACCCGCCCCGCCAAACCGCGUAGAGAAGGUGGCCGCAAGUUGAGUGUCUUGGUUUGGGCUUAUUAUUAUGGCAAUUUUGUCUUUUUUUUGUAAGUAAAGAAUUAAAAGUUUCGGGCAUUUCGCAUCAGCACCAGAAAACAACUUUGUCUUGGGGCACCCUUGAAAGUUGCAUGUCCUCUCCCACUUCCCUGACUCCAGUUAGUCCUCUUUUCCCUACCACUUUAGUUUUUAAUUUUGUUGGAGUGGAGAAAGGAGAGAGGACGUGGGGUCCCAACCCCGAGGACCAAGGCAGGGCAGCUGUGGAGUUCCCCACCCUAGAGAUCCCAGGGUGUGCUUGUUCCCGGCCGGUCUUCAAGCCAAAUUAACACCCUGAACAAAAAAGGAAAGCAAAUUACUUCUUGCUGUUAGCUUUUUAUUGUAACCAGAAUCACCCCAGGGUCCCUUUGCAACCCUGCAGUCCCUCACUAAUUACAGGGACCGCAGGCUCCUAGGGUGAGCAGCUUUGCCAGACCCUUGCAACAGUCCUGAGCUUGUGUUGAACCACCCGCUGUGCUCCGAAUGGCUCGGAAACCCAAACAUUGGCAAGUAAUCUUGCAACUUUCAAGUUCAUUCUUUAGACCAACACUUUAGUUAUGUGUUUCUUUCCCUGCUUUUGAGAUAGCAGAUGAGUUAUUGAUGGUGCCCCCCCUUCUUCGAUUGUAUAGUAGUUAUAGGGAAGAGCUGGUGUGUUUUAAUUUUAAUUUUUUUUCUGCAGGUCAGUUAAUGGAUUUAAGUUGCACUGACAAAAAUACCAAAUUGAAAGCGUAUUUUUAGUUCCCAUUUGAAAUUGCUGGCGCUGCUGGCCGGAUGCAUUUGAGUUUGUAUUAGUUGAUAAAUUAACAGUAAUAACAAGAUUGUAUGAACCGCAUGGUGCUUGCAGUUUUAAAUAUUGUGGAUAUUUGUCCUGCAUCAGAAAUGAGCUUCGGUUUUUACGGAUUCAACUGUGUUGAAAUCAAACUUGCCGCAAUGGAAAUUGUUUUUAUUUCAUGUAAAAUAAGGGAUCAAUUUCAAACCCUGCUUAUGAUAUGAAAAUAUUAAAACUUAGUCUAUUGUAGUUUUAUUCAGACUGGUUUCUGUUUUUUGGUUAUUAAAAUGGUUUCCUAUUUUGCUUAUUAAAACCAUGGAAGUGGUGUUUGUUUAGAGGA